GAAGUUUACUCCAUUUGUAUUAUUUUUUUCCCCCCGGCGACAGGAUUGCGGAGCUGUCAAUUCCUGUGAUCUACCAAUCUAACCACUGAUUGUAGAAAAUUUAAAAAAUAAUGAUGAUAAAAAUGUUUUGAGCUACAAGCAGAGAGACCUUUGGGUUGAAGCCGAUGCUACAACAUCGCUGUGCUGGCCCUUUAAGAAAGCCGGAGAUCAACGAGUGCAACUGAUGAGCAGAAACGGCGACCAUGUCUGAACAAGGAUAUCAGUUAGCAGCUACCCCUGAUAGAAGACUGAGCACACCUGAACCACAGAGAGUGGUACCCUGGAAGACACCGAUACAAGUCCUCUAUGAGCAUGGCGUCGUUACCGGAGACCUCCCCGUGUUCGUGAUGGAGAAGACGGAAGGAGAGGCUCACCAGCCCAGCUUCGUCUUCAGCGUGACGAUCGGAGGCGUUACGUGUACAGGUCAAGGUCCCAGUAAAAAGGUAGCCAAACAACAAGCUGCAGAGGCUGCGCUGAAAGCUUUGAACAUCGACUCGGAAAGCGGGGUCGUUCCUGGGAGGUCCAACGCUAACGGCGUCACAGCAGACCCGAACAACCCCGUGGGCCUGCUGCAGGCGUUAGCUUUGCAGAGACGAUGGCGCGUUCCUGAAUACAUCGUUUUGACCGAGGUCGGGCCGCCACACAGGAAAGAGUUCACUAUUAUCUGUAAACUGGAGUCGCUCACAGAGCAGGGGGUUGGAAACACCAAAAAAGCAGCGAAGAAGGAAGCAGCAGAGAAAAUGGUGGCGAAGCUUCAAAGUUUAUCGGGCUCCUCGGAGAUCACAUGGACUCCUAAUCCGAGCGUCGGCUUUGAGAAGAUAAGGAGCUCCACAGCAGAGAAGAUAUCUCUACUGAGGAGAAACCCUCUGAGCAUUCCUAACACCGACUACAUCCAGAUGCUGCUGGAGCUCUCCAAAGAGCAAGGCUUCGAGGUCACCUACUUUGACAUCGAUGAGCUGACGGUGAACGGUCAGUACCAGUGCCUGGCAGAGCUGUCCACCUCCCCCGUCACCGUGUGCCACGGCACCGGCAUCUCCUGCAGCAACGCCCAUAACGACGCGGCGCACAGCGCCCUCCAGUACAUGAAGAUCAUGGCUUCCAGCAAAUAAAACGUCCCCGCCAGCAUCAGCAGAUCCUUCACCUGAACUGUCACCUGUGAUCGUGUCACAGAGCAGCCCCACUUGAUCUCUUCUGGUUUUAUUGGAACUGGUGACAAUGAUGACAAAAGGGUCAGAAAACCUUAUGUAAGCAGGUUUAACUUGGUGCUUUAAGGAGGCUUCAAAUAUGCAGAGUAUUUAAGUUAGAAACUACAGGGAACUGGCUUUUUAACUCACCUUGAACUAAAAAAAUUAGUCUUUUUUUUUCACUGUCGGCCAAGUUUGUUUCUGUUGUUUUAUAGUCAGGAUGCAGGUUAUCUCAGUUUCCUGUUUGUUUUAAUCAUGGUCCCGAGGAGGAACGUAUCCUGAGAAAUAUUAGUUUCGAAAUGUUUGCAUUUAAACCCUCUGCAAAAAUCCACUUUGUAUACUUUUCUGUCAAAAUGCUGGCCGCUGUGCGGUUUGCCCUUAAAACGGAGACGUUGCUUUCAGCUCUCCCGUCAUGGACCUGGUCAUGUGCGUAAAUGUGACCCUGUUGACAAAUCUCCCGACUUGUGUAAGACCUGAGCCCCGAUGCAGAUUCAUGUGUUUGACGGCAGAAAAUAAACCCACUCAUCUCCAGAACCAUUGCCAGUGUCUGGUUGUUGCAGCCCCUUCGCCGGGGGGCCGUCUCCGGGUUAUCGGACGGAAUAUUUAAUAUAAGACGUUGGGCCGUGCCUCUUCCAGUACUGGUCCGGUCCCAGCUUGUGCAGCUUAACACAUUUCUUGUAGAUUAUUGCUUUUAGGAGCUUGUUGGAAAUUUUUAUUUCUUUAUUUUUUUUUUAUAAAAAACGGAGCCAGUGCCAGUUUAACAUAAAGCUUAAGAGCCCAUAUUCUGUAGGACUGAGCCAUCUGUCCCAGACCAAACCCCCAUCUGCACCAACAGCGGCCAAUCAGGCGUCACAAAUCGCUGCUAGACGUUAGAAAGCUUGACUCAAGCGUUCCUCUUUCAUGAAAAAAAAAUAAAUGUUUAUGAUAAAUUUCACAGUUUGUCUUUUUAGACAAGACGACGUGGCUUUAAGUGCUGCCAUAAAGCAGAAAUUAUGUUAAUCUCCUGUAAUAAACUGGUGUUGGUUGCUUACCACAUUGUCAUUAUUCAUACGUGUUCAUUUUCUAAGGCGGUCUGGUGCAGCUGAGACCACGUUUCCAUACGCUGUAGAAAGGGACACAAGCUUUUGUUUUCCUUCAUACUGUCUAAAGUUAAAUGGGACUAAAUUUAUCCUGUCUUUGCUCCCUUAGGAUCCCUAUAACCAUUUAGGCCAGAAUAAUUAGGUGUUAAAAAAAAUGGUUCGUCCAUAAUUAACUCCUAAUCAGAAAUAUAGGUACAUUUCCUCUGUUUUUGGAAGAAUUUGUUUUUUUAAAAUGCAGGACAGACGUUUUAAUGCCUUCCUCAAAGCUUAUUGCAAUAGUUUGCUGUAACUUUGGCCCAUUCCCCCUGACAGAAGCAAUGUAACUGGGUCAGGUUGGUAGAACCGCACCUUUUUCAGCUCGGCCUGCAAACUUUCUGUGGGACUGAGACCAGGACUUUGUGACGGUCGGUCCAAAGAGGCAACACUUUUUGUCCUUAAGCCACUUUGUUACUAAUCUGCCGGUAUCCCAAGACCCAUUUGUGUCCAAGCUUCAACUUCCUGAAGCGUCGACAUGUUACUUUAAUAUUUCCACAUGCUUCUGUGUCUUUGUAAAUCCAUCGAUUUUUGGGACGUCUACCAGUCCCUCCUGCAGCAAAAAAAAAAAAAAAAAAAAAAAAACCUCACCCAGAACUCCAAGUUAACACUGUUUUUAAAGAAAGAGCACCAGCAAACCCGCUAAGGUCAGCUAAUUGUACCCGUGUUACUCUAUAAGGAGCUCAACAGUGACAGGGUGCAACAUGCUUCAGUACACGGACUUGAAAACUACUGCUGAGUUUGCAGGGUGUUUAUUCUAAAUGUUUUCAUAAGUUUAUCCAGGUAACUAAAUAUUGGAUAAUAUUAAAGAUGCAUUUCAGUGAACUAGAAUAUCCAAAAAUGACUUAAUUUAAAAAAGCGAAAGUUAUAUAUUCUACCGAUUUAUAAGACCCAGAGCGAUUUAUUAUAACUGUUUAUUUCUUAUGACUUAGAGCUAUUGAAAACCCAAACUACACUUUCCACGCAGAGUUUGAUUGUGUAAGAUUUAAAAAAAAAGAAAAAAAAAAAGAUUGUGGCUAAAGAUAAAAGUCAAAAGAUGAAUUGUCAAAACACCAGUGAAAACAUUAAUAUAUUAGAAGGGUUUGAUUGUAACAGCAAUAAAAACUUCCACUGAUUGUUGGGAAGGGUAUAAGUAAAGUUUUAUUGUGAAUAAAAUCGAGGUAAAAAC